UCAUUCCCCUCACUCUCUGCUUCACAAACACAAAGAAAACUCCCAAAUUUUCCACAAAAAAGAGAGAGAGGAAAAAAAAAAACAUCAUUUACACUCAAAAUUAUCCUUUCUUUUUAUUUUCCCCUGCUUGAUUUCUCCCUCAAAACCACAAAUUCUAAAGAGAGAAACAGAGAGAUUGCUGCAUUUUCUAAUGGAAGCUCUCUCUGUUACUCUUUACAUAAUAAUAAUAAUCAUAAUAUUCCUUUUUCUUUUUGCUUUCUUUUUUUCCAUUUCAUUUCUUAAAAGAAAUCAAAAGCCUAAAUCCCAAAAAGUUCUUAAACUUCCUCCUGGUUCCAUGGGAUUGCCUUGGAUUGGAGAAACUUUGCAACUUUAUUCUCAAGACCCCAACAUAUUUUUCUCACAAAAACAGAGAAGAUAUGGAGAAAUUUUUAAGACCAACAUUUUGGGAUGUCCUUGUGUUAUGUUGGCAAGCGCCGCCGCAGCUCGGUUUGUUCUUGUGACAAACGCCCAUUUAUUCCGGCCUACUUACCCGAAAAGCAAAGAGACGAUGAUCGGACCGGCGGCGCUUUUCUUCCACCAAGGAAAUUACCAUUCUAACCUCAGGAAACUUGUUCAAAAUUCUCUGUCUCUUGAACGUCUCAGAAUUCUUGUUCCUCAUAUUGAAGCCGCCGCCAUUUCCGCCACUGAUUCCUGGGCCGCCGCCGGCCACGUCAUCAACACCUUCCUUGAAAUGAAAAAGUAUUCUUUUGAGGUGGGAAUUGUAGCAGUAUUUGAAAAGCUAGAAAAUGAGUACAAAGAGAAGCUAAAAGAAAAGUAUAGCAUAUUAGACAAAGGCUACAAUUGUUUUCCAACAAGACUACCAGGAACAGCAUAUUCAAAAGCAUUAUCAGCAAGGAAGAAGCUGAGAGAGAUUUUGGGAGAGAUAAUUAUGGAGAGAAGAGAAAAAAGAGUAACAGAGAGAGAUUUAGUGGGUCAUCUUUUGAACUUCAGAGAUGAAAAUGGAGAAACUUUAAGUGAGGAUCAAAUCGCCGACAACAUCAUCGGAGUUCUCUUCGCCGCCCAAGACACCACCGCCACUGCCCUCACUUGGAUUCUUAAGUUUCUUCAUGACAACUUGAAGCUCUUUGAGGCUGUUAAGGCAGAGCAGAUGGAAAUUUAUAGAAGAAAUGGAGAUGGGAAGAUGCCUCUGUCUUGGGCUCAGAUUAAGGAUAUGCCCUUUACUCAUAGGGUUGUAUUAGAGAGCUUGAGGAUGGCUAGUAUCAUAUCCUUCACUUUUAGGGAGGCAGUUGUUGAUAUGGAAUAUAAAGGGUACCUUAUCCCAAAGGGUUGGAAGGUCAUGCCUUUAUUUAGAAAUAUUCAUCACAAUCCUGAGUACUUCCCUGAUCCUCAUAUCUUUGAUCCCUCUAGAUUUGAGUUGGCUCCAAAGCCCAAUACAUUCAUGCCAUUUGGCAAUGGAGUACAUUCUUGCCCUGGCAAUGAACUUGCCAAGCUGGAGAUCCUCAUUUUGCUUCAUCACCUCAUUACCAAAUUUAGGUGGGAAGUUGUGGGAUCAGAAAGUGGGGUUGAAUAUGGGCCAUUCCCAAUGCCUGUCCACGGCCUACCCGCCAGAUUUUUCAAGCAUACAACAACCAACCAAUAGCCUUUCAUUUCAUUUUCACCUCCCAAAAAUAUAAAAACAAUUUCUAUAUACUUUUUAUUUUAAAAUCUUCCAACAAUUAUUAUUAUUAUAUUAAUGCCCUUCUUCACCAAAACCCUAAUUAAAACCUUCUACUUUUUUUCCCACCUCACAUGGGGCCUUCUUCCCUAAUCAAUGCUUGUAUUGGUUUUAUUUCGAGUAUUGAAAAAGAAAGGGGUUUGUAUUUGUUGUCUCUUAUCAUCGGGAGUCGUUGCUGUUUAUUAUUGUGUAUUAUCGAUGUAUCAUUGUAGUGAAUGAGACAAUAAAAUGAAAAAAAAAAAAAAAGGCUUUUUGAUCACCUUCGAGUAAUGUA